UUUCAACUUCGAAAUUCUUUGUCGAAAAGAAAUUCAUUUUUUUUACCGAAUCAAAUUUUGAUUUCAACACACACAUCCAUACAGCGAAUCACAUUUCAAACGUCGUUAUAUUCACUUCUACAUUCAUCACAUCCAUUUUCGCACUAGAUCGACAUUUUGUGUCGUCAUAAUUUUCUUUUCAUCAUCAUCAUCAAAUCAAUUUAUUAUUAUUAUAUAUCUAAAUAACCAAAUACCACAAAUCACAUCAAAAAUGUCCGAAUCAGAAGUUGUCAAUACAAACAACAAUAGUACCGAUGAAAUUGUCACCAAGGAUCCAAAGAAUGAUUCCCUUAAACGAAAGGAGAAUGAGUUUUCUGAGGAUUCCAAUUCGGUUCUGGAUUCCGUCAACGAUGAAAGCAAUCAUAAGAAAGCUAAACAUGAAAAUGGCGCCGAUGAAGAAUCCAAUGAUGCAAAUGAUGCCGGUGGCGAUGUAGAUGAAGAGGAUGAAGAAGAUGAUGAUGAAGUCGUUCCUGAAGAUUAUGCUGAUGAAGAUGAAGAAGAAGGUGAUGGUGCCGAUGAAGAAGACGAUGAUGAUGAUGAGGAUGCAUAAAAAAAAGAAAACAACGAAAAAAAAUAUGAAUAUGAUAAUGAUAAUGGAAUUUGGAUUUAAAUUUGAAUUUCAAGCAACAAAACAUAACCACAUUUUCUCUUUCUAUAA